UAGGAAUGUAUUUGGAGUGCGAACGUGGGACAGAGACACAAUGUUGUGAUCGUUCAAUUCAGACACCAUCCACUCUCAAAUGAGACGAUAGAUCAAGUCACAAUGAUCGCCAACGAAACUUAGAACAUUAUAAGUAUUGUGAGAUGCACAGAGGAGUUAGUAUUCGACAGUGAUCGGGACUAAAAGAAGAGAAAACUUCGGCCUUCACAGCAGGACUGAAUUCAACAUGGCGGACCAGCUAAGCCAUUGGGCUUUGGCACUCAUGUUGUUCUCGGCGUUAUUUUGGAGUUCUAUAUCAGCCCAAAGUGACCCCUGUCCAUCUGCUUGUGGAUGUCUAGGUUCUACGGUGGAUUGUAGUGAUCGUGGGCUGACGGAGAUUCCCCAAGAUCUUCCCCAAUGGGUGACUGUGUUGGAUAUUCAAGGAAACCAGUUGUCUUAUAUUCCACCGACUGCAUUUGAAGGUUUUCCAAAUUUACGUGAAUUGAACUUAAACAGAAAUCAGCUGACCAGCGUCAAUGCAUCAGUAUUUUCACAUCUACCAGGAUUGCAGGAGCUGAACUUAAACAGAAAUCAGCUGACCAGCGUCAAUGCAUCAGUAUUUUCACAUCUACCAGGAUUGCAGGAGCUUAAAAUUGGCAAUAACAUGUUGACUGCUAUGCCAAAACUAGGACUGAAGACUGAACUGAGGGUGUUGAAUCUAGCCUCCAACAAGAUUGAUGCUAUAGAUGGCAGUGUUCUCCAAGACCUGCCUGCCUUGGAGUCUCUGGAUCUCAGCAUGAACAAACUGACAGAAAUCAAGUUGGGGAUCUUUGAGAAUAACAGUGCCAUGCAGCAACUAACAUUAAACAACAACAAGAUCAAGGUUUUGGAGGAGCAUACCUUGGACAACUUAGCCAAACUGGAAGUUCUGAAGAUCAGCAGAAAUCGGUUGUCUGGGUUACCCAAAGAUCUCUUCCGGCAGCUGAAAAAAUUGAAAUUUUUGGAUCUCAGCCGCAAUCGGUUCACAGAGAUCAAUGGUCUUGCCUUCAAAGGACUAGACAACCUAAUUACGCUGAAGCUCAAGAAAAACCGGCUCAAGGCCAUGGCGGAUGGCGCGUUUUAUGGACUGCAUAAUAUACAAAAUCUAUAUCUUGAUGCCAAUAACAUCAGCGUGGUCACCAAGAAGUGGCUGUAUGGGCUAAACAAAGUCCAGUUGCUAUCCCUGUCCCAUAAUGCCAUAUCAAACAUCAGCAAAGGCUCAUGGGAAUGCUGCCCUAUGUUACAACAGCUUGACCUGUCCAGUAACAGACUGACCACAAUCGUAGAGGACAGCACUUUCCACCUCCUGCCGUUACUACGCGUUCUUACGUUGACCAAUAACCAGAUCUCGUACAUUGCGGGAGGUGCCUUCAGGAGCAUGGGCAAUCUGGAAGUAUUAGAGUUGGCUGGCAAUGAGAUAUCCUGGACUAUUGACAUGAAUGCAGCAUUUGAAGGUUUGACCAGUUUACUGCGGUUAGAUCUAAACAAUAAUCACAUCAAGUCCAUCUCUACCACCUCCUUCAGCGGCCUGGUACAGCUGCGCCAUCUACAGUUGGUUAACAACAACAUCACCUCCAUACAGGAAGAUGCAUUUGCUGAUCUUGUGAGCUUGGAACAGAUGUAA